CGCUCGCUCGCUCCCUAGCUCGCGCUCAUAAGAAGCGGCUGAGUCCGGGUUCUGGGGCAAGCAUCAAUCGAGUGAUUAGUUUAUGCGUAGGCACGAUCGGCCCGUCCCGACACAACAGUCUUGCGGGGACGAGCGGGAGCACCAGCAGCACCAGCAGCAGCGACGAGUGAGCGAGUCGAGUGUACAGCUGGACGUGACGCCGGCAUCCCUUUGAAUAAGCGAGAUUCGGCCUUCGCUGCCGAUGCUGUGCAGAGCAUCCAUCGUACUCGUAUAAAGCCCGGCAUUGGCCCAUCCACUGCACCACCACCGAGCCAGACGAUUCAGAGUGCGGAGGUGUUGUCGAGACGGACGAGGAGAGGACAUCAGCAAACAAAACUUGCAUAUUUUGUUGAUUGUUUUCUCGCUCCAUUCUGCAGUCCUCGCCUCUUUCUCACACCGACACCUCCGAUCUGAAGGUACGAUCACGUAAGGCUUAGGGGGCAGAAUCUGGCAGAUCACCUGAUCGAGCUGGUCAACCUUCCUCCUUCCCUCCAUGCUGCUUGCAGCAAGCAAGCAAGCAAGAAAGCAGGCAGGCAGGCAGGCAGGCAGGCAGGCAGGCAGGCAGGCUCGCUAGCAGCGCCUAGACAUCUACAGCCCAGGAACCGCCGACAGAAUCAGGGGCAACCAUCUGCGUUCUCGAAGCUGUGAGUACAGAAACAUAAAGAUCCCCAGCAGACCCGACGAAUUGGAGAAAAUCCCAGAGCAAUUAUUAUUUUCUAACCGAGAAAACGGUUGCUUAUAGUUCCGAAAGCACAUCUGAGACAAUCUGAUCGGCAGGCGCCGCAGCUCGACCCACACGACGAUCGGUUGGGCCUGCAAUUCAACGAGCUAGAAGAGGUACUAGAACGACGGGAUCGAUGGCUCUGGGCGAGGGGAUCGGGGCCUGGCGCCAUGCUGCUGCGCAUGGCGUGCUGUUGGUCGUGGGAUUGGCGUGCCUGGUGAUUCCUUUCGCUGCCAGCGCUCCAUCGGAGCAGGCCACCUACGGAGCCGCGGGGCCAGCAUUCGUCCUUCCGCCGGGCACCAAGAGGAUCGACACGCACACGCACUUCAUUCCCGAAUUCUACGCAGAAAUCUUGAAAAGCAAGGGCCUGGACUCGGGCGGUAGAGCAAUCCCCAAAUGGACCCCCGAGAGCCAUAUCGAGCUGAUGGACACCAUCGGAGUGGAGACGGCCAUCAUCUCCAUCUCCACGCCCGGCGCUCGGCUGCCAGGCGACGACAUGGAGGCCGGCCGCAAGCUCGCCCGCGAGCUCAACGAGUACGGGCACAAGGUGACUGUCGAGUACCCGGGCCGCUUCCAGUUCUGGGCCACUGUCACGCUUCCCGACGUCGAAGGCUCCGUGCAGGAGGCAAUCUACGCUCUGGACACGCUCAAGGCCGCCGGUGUGGUGCUCCUGGCCAACUCCGAGGGCGAGUACUUGGGCAGCAAGAAGUUCGAUCCCCUGAUGGAGGUCCUCAACGAGCGUCACGCCGUCGUCUUCGUUCACCCCAACAGCGUGCCCUUCGCUAAAGUUCCCGACCACAUCGAGGAUAGCAUGGUCCCGGAAUUCGUGAUGGAUUUCCUUCUGGACACCACUCGCGCCUGCGCCAAUCUCAUCUUCAAGAACGUCACCGGCCGCUACCCCAACAUCAGGUUCAUCCUGUCGCAUUCCGGAGGAUUCAUGCCUUUCGCCGCGUACCGCAUGGGAGGUGCUCUGAGCUUCCUCACCAAGGAGAACGCCAUGAAGACCAUGGGACUUCUGAAGAGCUUCUACGUCGACACCGCUCUGUCGUCCAGCCCGUCCGCUCUUCCCAGCACCACGCAGUUCGUGCCGCACUCGCACAUCACCUUCGGCUCCGACUUCCCUUUCGCCCCGACCUUCGGCAUCAAGAUCGCCACCAGCCAAUUGGACCAGUACCAGGGACUGCCCAGCGAGACGAAGCACCUGUUCAAUUACGACAAUGCCAACUCUCUAUUCGACAAGUCCUUGAGCCACUGGAGGACCGUGUGGAAGGCCGCCGCCGCAGCUCCUGCCACGGAAGAGAACCACGACGAGUUGUGAGCGCACGGAGCCAGAUUCUUCGAUCGAUCGAUCAUCGUCGUCGACAGGGCUCGAGCUCGGUAACGCUUUCGAAUCGAUUCAUUCGUAGAGAGGAUCCACUAUAAAUAUGCACAUAGAUGUUAGGACCGUGUCCCUUCUUUUGAGGGCGUGGAGCGGAUGAUGCACCGGAACCCCGUUCGCAGCACCGAUUGGCUCGUACUGCUGUAGAAGGCCUCUGUACUGGCAGCCAGGCAGCCGUGGGGAAGGUGGGACUACUGGAAAUUCUCGAAGGCGACGUCGCAUCGUCGCUUGGAGCAUCAAAAGUCGUGCGUCCCGAAUCCACAGAACCAACAACAUUUGCAAAACCGACUAGCGCAGUGAUAAUGAAUUCACCAUUUCAAUCGAUGGGAGGUUUUCGUUUCGGGCGCGAUCGGGAUUUCGGCCCUAGGGGGGUUAGUUCGUUUAGGUCCAAAAAUUAGUGGAGAAUUCAUGCCUGAGGUCAACCCCACAGUUUGACUUCACGAGUUGUACAAAGUUUCAUGGAGAUCGUCGCGUCUGACGCCUCAGUGUAAAGCUGUCAGGACUAUCAUAAGUUCCAAUUCUCUUAAUAAUAUGUGCCUCGCCAUUUCACGGGAAGCUUUUCAAACACGCCUCGCCCAC